CUGAUUUGAAGAGAGACUUGCGUAGAAAACAAACACCAUUUCGAAAAACCAUUGUCAUGCAAACCAAACGUUGACACAAACCAGACGACCAAAUGGUUUUAGGAGUCAGAUGCCCACGGUAUAUCUGAUCUCCGACACGUUUAAAAAUUAGGUUAAAAUAUCUCAUUUGAAUCUCUUUCCCAGCCGUAAAAACGCCGAAAUCACAGCAAGUGGUAACUCGAGUUCUGGCACAUCACAACAAACAGUCUGAGAAAGUCUACGGAGGAAAGUUGAAAAGAAAACAUGAAGAACGAAGGCUUUGCGAUGUCAAACACAGCUUUGGGAGGCGGGAAUAAUGUGGAAAGUGGUUACAGAUCAAAUAGCAAGAAGCACCUUCUCAUUUCGUUAGUCGUCAUCGUAAUCUUGCUUGCUGCUGUCAUCGCAUUGGCUGUUCUCUACGCAAAUAAAGAUUCAGACUCAAAUGAGUCCAGCGGUCAAACGGGGAAAAAUAAAGGUACUGAUAGUCCAACAAGUACUGCGUCACCAAGUGCCCGGAGACCAACCCCCACGAGAUACAAAUCCACGUCCCCAAGAAAAACCACCCUCGCCCCAACAAAACAAACCACCUCCCCAAGUGUCAACUGCUCACAAACACCCACGGACGCUCCUCCCCCAGGACAAUCGGACAAUCCGGAGGGGCCGUACAAUGAAGCCGCGGUAUCUGCUGAUGACGUGAGAUGUUCAGAGAUAGGAGUUAACAUUCUCAAAAAAAACGGCUCAGCGGUUGACGCAGCCAUUGCCGCUCUUUUCUGUAUCGGUGUGGUUAAUAUGCAUUCAGCUGGUAUUGGCGGUGGCGCCGUAAUGGUUGUUUAUAUCAAGAAGAAAAGAACUGCCGAGUACUUUAACUUUAGAGAAAGAGCACCUGGAUUGGCAAACGAGAGCAUGUUCGUGAAUGAUACGACCUCUGCGUCUAAGACAGGUGGUCUGGCAAUUGCUGUGCCCGGCGAGGUGAAAGGAAUGUACGAAGCACACAAGAAAUAUGGAAAACUGAAAUGGAAAGAACUCGUUAAACCUGCGAUGAGCCUGGCAAGAGAAGGUUUCACUAUCAGCAAAGCACUGGACAAGGCUAUUAGAAGUAAAGAGAAAGAAAUCAGAAAACUUGAAGGGCUAAAAGAGCUUCUGCUGAAGGAAGAUGGUUGUUUAAAGAGGCUGGGCGACAGAUUGGUCAACAGAAAGCUCGCUGUAACAUUAGAGCGAAUAAGUUGCGAUCCUACAUCGUUUUACAACGGAUCCCUCGCAAAAGAUAUCGUUAACGAUAUUGAUUCAAAUCGUGGUAUCAUCACCGCUAAAGAUUUGAACGAUUAUAAUGUUGAAGUUGAGCCUGCACUCAAUGCCAGUGUUGGGGAUUAUCAGCUGCAUACAUCUGGUCUACCGUCCAGCGGUAUCCUGAUUGCGUUCAUGCUCAAUGUACUCAAAGGUUAUGAUUUCACUCUCGAAAGCGUAUCAAACAAUUCAAAAACAGCGAAUGUUUAUCACAAGAUUAUUGAAACUUUCAAAUAUGCCUACGCAAGGCGUGCGUUGCUGGGCGACAAAAACUUUCUAACUGAUACACAGAUCAUAGAGGACCUUUUGGAUGAAGAUUACGCGGAAAGAAUUCGCAAAAACAUUACCGAUCAAACAUAUCCUAACGCUAGUCACUACGGCGGAUAUUAUGCAAAUUACGAUGCCCCCGGGACAUCACACUUGUCAGUUCUAGCGCCGAAUGGGGACGCAGUGUCAGUUACCAGUACCAUCAACACUUAUUUUGGUUCAAAAGUGCGUUCGACAGUGACAGGGAUAACGUACAAUAAUGAGAUGGACGAUUUCUCGACACCUGGAUUGACCAAUGCAUACGGAGUUGAACCAUCUCCUAGUAAUUUCAUCGCGCCAGGCAAACGACCAAUGUCGUCCAUGAGUCCUAUCAUUUUAACAAACAGAACAAGUGGGGAUGUCGUGUUUAUUGCAGGGGCAUCUGGGGGUACGAGGAUCACCACGGGUACUGCAUUGGUAACGAUGAACAAAAUAUGGUUUGGUCGUAACACAAGUGUAGCCGUUACCAUGCCUCGUUUCCACAACCAACUUCUUCCUAAUUACACAGCUAUAGAACAACCACCUCGCAAGCUGUCGCCAUAUAUCAUCAAAGAACUCCAAGGCUAUGGACAUAUCAUCGAAACCAAAUCUUUCUAUUCUGUUGUGCAAGCAAUUUCCAAAGAGUUAGAUGGAAAAAUCUUUGCCAAGUCUGAUCCAAGAAAAGGAGGGUCCAGUUUUGGAUUCUAAGAUAUUGUCAAACUAAAAUAUCCGACAUUUUAGUAUCGAUAAACUUUGAUAACUUAUAAUUACAUCAUGGAUAAAACCGAUUCAAUUAUUGAAACGAAACAAUCAAUAAUGCGAAGCCUAUUUUUUAUCCCACGAUCACAGAGUUCUGUGAGUAACCUAUGAUAAUAUUUGUAUAUAAAAACGCCAUAGUUAGCAAAUGAAAUACGGUGUUGAAAGGAUGUAGUUUUUUGUGCAAGGCGUCUGCCUGUACACGAUAACCUCUGUACAGUUUAUGUCUUAACGAUUGGCUCGCAUGAACUAUUCAGAUAUUAUUAAAGAUUUUCAGUAAUUUGUGUAUACAGUAAUAAAGUACUGACUUGCAGUGACAUGCGUGCCUGCAAUAUGCACCAGUGUACGCUAGUCUUUAGUCAUCUAAACUAAGCUUCGUCUACUUUGCUCUCUCAUCUAACGCUAAAAUCAAAUCCUCUCCAGUCCCCAAUUCAUUUAUCAAGGAAUCGAAUUCUUCCAAGUUAAGCCAAGGCGAACUACUGUAAUAAUUUUAAACGAUAUA